AUGCGCCCGACGACGGCCGCCGCCCGCCUCUUCCAGCGAACCGCCGCCGCCAGGAUGGCGCUGUAUAAUGACCCGCCCGCCGCAGCCGCUGCCCAGGCGUCUGCCCCGUCCACCACUCCUCCUUCGCCGCCGGCGCCGGCGUCCCCGGAAAAGCUCAUAUACGCACCCGCAGGCCCCAACCCCCACGGCCAAGCCGCCCAAUUCACCCGCUCGACCCUCUCGCGCCACGCCCUGGACCCGACCUCGCCCGCGGCCCAGUUCCACACCUGGUUCGCCGCCGCCCAGGCCAGCGGCGACGCGAUCCCCCAGCCCGAGGCCUGCACCCUGUCCACGGCCGCCCUGCCCUCGGGCCGCGUCUCGUCGCGCGUCGUCUACCUCAAGGAGCUCGACGCCGGCGGCGGCUUCGUCGUCUACUCCAACCUCGGCUCCUCGCGCAAGGCCGCCGACCUCGCCUCCAACCCGCACGCCGCCCUCGUCUUCUACUGGCCCCCGCUCCAGCGCCAGGUCCGCGUCGAGGGCGUCGCCGCCCGCUGCGACCGCGACCGCUCUCAGGCUUACUUUGAUACCCGCGUGCGCGGCAGCAGGAUCGGCGCUUGGGCCAGUCGGCAGAGCCAGGUCCUUGAGCCCCGGGGCGACGGCGACGACGAUGGCCGCGCUCAGCUCGACGAAUGGGUUGCCGAGGCCGAGAAGCGCUUCGAGGGCCAGGACCACAUCCCCGUCCCCGACUUCUGGGGCGGCCUGAGAAUCGUGCCCACCUUGGUCGAGUUUUGGCAGGGUAGGGACAGUCGUCUCCAUGACCGCUUCGUCUAUCAGUGGCACGACGCCAAAGACGGUGCUGAGGGUCGCUGGGAGUUGAGUCGGCUGAGUCCGUGA